CAAUCACGUCGCCCGUGGUUGCCCACUAUACAUUGCAGAUCUGAGACCUCUCAGUGUGAAGUCUUCUCUUCCUCUCUACUUCACUGAAUCCUCUCUGAGAACAGACUCACCUGGUCGGCUCACCUGUCAGCAGCUGCAGCUUCUCGUCCUCCUGCAGCCAACAUGAAAAUAGCAGCUUUUAACAUCCAGAAGUUUGGAAGAAACAAAGUGUCGGACCCAGAUGUGCUAAAUAUCCUGACUAAGAUCGUGUCUCGAUAUGACAUCAUUGUGAUCCUGGAGGUGGUGGACGUCAGCGGAAAGUCUGUAGAAACCUUCCUGGAGGCGCUCAACAAAUCCAACAAGAAGCAUCACUACACGCUGAAGAUCAGCAGCCGUCUGGGCCGAACGCGCUACAAGGAGCAGUUCAUGUUCCUGUACAGGGAUGAUCUGGUCGACUUGGUGGGCACCUUUCAGUAUGACGACGAGGUGACUGAGUGCGGAGACGUUUUCGCCAGAGAUCCUUACAUCCUGCGGUUCAGAUGCCUCACUACAGUGCUGAAGGACCUCGUGAUAAUCCCAGUUCACACCAAGCCGGAGGACUCGGACAAGGAGCUGGAUGAGCUCUUCGAUGUCUUCCAGCACGUGAAGAAGAAGUGGAGGACUGAUAACGUGAUGAUCCUCGGCGACUUCAACGCGGACGGCUUGUACGUCUCCAAGAAGGAGAUGAAGACCAUCCGUAUCCGGGCCGACAAGAACUUCCACUGGCUGAUCGGAGACGAUGUCGACACCACGGCGAGCAACAAGAACGACCACACAUACGACAGGAUCGUGGUUUACGGAGACGACAUGCUCCAGGCUGUGGUACCAAACUCUGCCAAACCCUUCAACUUCCAGAAGGCGUACGGACUCAGCGAGGAGCAGGCCCUGAAGGUCAGCGACCAUUACCCUGUGGAGGUGGAGCUGAAGUCCCUGGACAUGAAAACACAGGUGGAUGGCCAGCAGCAGCGGGGGCUGGUGGUCGUGGACGCAGACCUGCUGGAGCUGAAGAGAGGAAACCUGCUGCUGGAGAGGGAGAAGCUCAGCCUGGAGAUACAGAUCCUCCGAGGGAAACUGGCCAGGAAGACUCUCGGAGACGAAGUUUGAACCCAGGGGUCCAGAUCCUUUCAAAAGAAACACCUGACAGAACAUUAAAGUCCUCACAUAACCCGUUCCCUACAGAACCAAACAACCCUGCAGACGUUCUGGGUGCACAAUCCUGCGUUGUUGCUCACAUUUGAUUCUCAGGACGACUGCUCGUAUACCUCUCUGACAUGAACUGACACAUGUGAAGUCUCAUCAGUCAGUGACUUUGACUGUCUGACUGAAUCCAGCCAUCAGGUUGUCCGUCUCGUUUCAUCAACGCUGCACACAAGAUGAAAUAAAAUAUAAAGACUGGCUCAUUUUUAAAAACAGAUUUCAGAGUCAUUGUUUAACAGAUUUGUUUCUCAGCCUGCUUGUUUUUAUGUUCUACAACUUUUUUUUAAAAGUGAGAUCAGCAAGUGACUUUAGAAACUUAAAAGAAAUUGGCAUUUUGUGUGAUUUGGCGCCACCUACAGUUUUCUGAGUGCAACACCUGUAACAGUUUGUCAGAUGUAAGGUGCAACUACAAACAAAACUCAUUACAUCAUAACAAAGUCGUGCUCAAAACUUGUAUGUUGAUCCUAACCUGUCACUGAAGUUACAUAGUGCAGAAACCAGUGAUAGAGAAAUCAUUCACCCUGUUACAAGAUGCUGUACAAUCAAAAAGCUGUUAUCUUGAAAGGUAAAAAACAAUAAAAAAUUACAUAAUGCUGCUUUAAAAUCAA